UGUGUGCAUUUAACAUCGGAAAAUCGGCAUGAGAUUUUUGAGAACUGUAAGAUUGAUUUGCGUUCAAUAAUUUCUUCUAAAUCAACACUUAAAAGAGCUAAGGACAAAGCCAGUAAAAUGGAAAAUUCUGCACAACGUACAUUUCAUCGCGAAGAAGCUAAAAUGAAUGCCACAAAAAAUCUUAAGAAUGCAAUGAAAAUUUUUGUGAAUGAGAAAGAAAGUUUAUAUGAGACAAAACUAGAGGCACGUACGUAUAGCAAGUUUACGAGACAUAUAGAAGAUACGGAUGCGGAAGUUGGUCGUUCAUACAAACGCUCUAGACAAUCGGAGGAUUACCAUGAAGAAACAGGUGAAGCAACAACAGACGAGGAUGUCAAUGCUUCUGAAUCUCUCCUUCAAAAAAAUGACAAAAAAGAAGAUAUACAAGAUGACGUGAUAAAAGGCAUUCUAGGAAAUAUUGUUGAAUACUCAGACGUAACGAAGGAAAUUUUUUCGAUUUAUAAAAAGCAAUACCCUAAUGGUGAUCUAAUUGAUCUCCGGCUGAAUUCGGCCUUUUUCAAAAAAAAACUUCCAAACUCGACAGCGAUUUCGUAUCUAACGGAGAUGGAUACCAUAACUGAAUCAUUGGUUCCUAAAAAUGUACAUGAUUUUCUUGUGCACCUUUUUUCGAAAAAUUUAACCGCCAAAGAAUGGCAUUGUGAAAUCGACGAUCUAAGAUCUCCAGAAAAAAAUGAUCCCGUAAUGAACGCAGUAGUACGAGUUAUACGCCGUACUUUACCACAAUUUAUCAAGGCAUUCUCACUCGAAGAUCAGAAUCCUCUUAUAAACAUUACAACCAUUGAAGGGGCUCAUCUUAAUUCUUUCGUUCAUCCAUGCCUCGAUGCCUUUUUAUGGUAUAUAGCAAAUAUACAUUACGAGUAUGGAGAGAUUACAUCGAAAAAACACGUUAAUAAUAAUCGCGCAGAUGGUGCGGGGUUCAUGACAGAUGUUAAUAAAUAUCAGCUUGUAUAUGUCGAAGGUUCAAGGCCGGUAACAAAAGAUGAUAAAGAAAUUACUGAUAUAGAAAAAAUAACUAAAAAUAUAAAAAAUAUAUUUGCGAAAAUCGUAAAAGAAACUAUUAAAAAUAGAAGGCGCCUGCCAGAAACGUUGUAUGUAUUUGGAGGUCAAAGCUUUCGUCUUCGAAUACAUUUAUUUUAUAUUGAUUAUUGCGGCACGUAUAGAUUAAAUGAGGUUGAUAACACUAAUCUUCCUCGGAAAUUCUCUGAAAUGAAAGAUUUCAUUUAUUUUUACGAAUGUGUAUUGAAGUGGGCGCUAUUGGUUCGAAAUGUUACGGAAUCUUUUGAUAAAGCAAAGACUGAACAGAGGCCAUCACGGCUUUCAUAUGCAAAUGCUCUUCUUCAAUUGAAUGAUUGA